AUCUAUGAAUGAAGUAUCUGAACAAGAUGAGAAUGUAGACAUACACACUGUGUAUAUUGAAAUCAGUGGAGAUGUUCAAGAAUUUACUAAAGUACUCAUUGGCGAAGUUCAAAAACAUCCUGCGUUAUACGAUAUUAAAUCAUCAAUCCAAAGCAGAAGUCGAGUAAUCAUUAAUAAAAUGUGGCAAAAGAUUUUUGAAAUCUUUGAAGGCCAGGUACCAGUCGAAGAAUUAAAGAGACGCUGGAAAGUUCAACGUGACAGAUACAUGAAGAUUCGAAGUAAUAUGAAAAAGAAAUUACCUAGUGGAUCAUCAGCGGCGGUCCUAACUAUAAAUAUUAUAAGCUAAUGUCAUUUUUAGAUGAUAGUAUGGAUCAACGAAGGCAUGUGUCGAAUAUAUGUCUUAGAAAAUCACAACCGCUUGCUUCAUCAUCUAAUUUUAAUAUUUCACAAUGGAAUACUUCUCACGUUGACAGUCCACUUUCAUCGUAUGCUGUUCAGGUUCCACCUAUACUUACACCACCUUCACCUGAAUUUUUGCCGUCUACUACAUCUUCUCGGUCUUCUUCAUUAAAUUCUCCCGAAAGAUUUAACUCCAGCAAAUCAUCAAAACGUCUACGCUCUACUACUAGCGAAGACGAAUUAUUACAUGCGCUUUCAGCUUUAAAACCACUAAUACCUGCUGCAUCAGACUCAGUGGAUCACUUCUGUCGCAGUAUUGCAGAUUCUUUACGGAUGCUAGAUAUGAAAAACAGAUUAUCAGCUGAAAUAGAAAUAAUGCAGUUAUUCCAUAAGUUUUGCGACAAGUAGUUUUACAAUA